GAGUUAAGCUGAGGCGUCUCUAUCACAGUGACACUGAACCCAGUUGAGGAAAAGAUGCCGGCCACAGAUCUUACCAAGGAUGUAGCGGACAUAGAGAAUAUUCUAGCCUUGAACCCAAAGGUGCCAAAGAAAGCCAGUCUUGUUUCCAGCUCGAAAACCAAGCAGAACAAACAGCACUGGAAAAGGAACCAGGACAAGGGAUGUUCUACUUGUAGUGGUAAAGAGAAGAAUUUUGAUGACAUCAAGCACACAACACUGAGUGAGAGAGCUGCCCUGCGAGAGUCAGCAAGAUGUUUGAAAUGUGCAGAUGCUCCCUGCCAGAAAAGCUGCCCCACUCAGCUGGACAUCAAGUCUUUUAUAACAAGCAUAUCUAACAAGAACUAUUAUGGGGCCGCUAAGGCAAUCUUGUCAGACAAUCCCCUAGGGCUCACAUGUGGGAUGGUGUGCCCAACCAGCGACCUCUGCGUGGGUGGAUGUAACCUCUAUGCAUCGGAAGAAGGCCCCAUCAAUAUCGGAGGUCUCCAGCAGUAUGCCGUGGAGGUUUUUAAGGAUAUGAGAAUUGCUCAGACCAGGGACCCGGAGUUGCCUCCCUUGGCUACUCUUCCUGCCAGUUACCAAUCUAAAGUGGCUCUGAUUGGCUGUGGACCAGCCAGUAUAAGCUGUGCCACUUUCCUCGCUAGGCUUGGCUACUCUGACCUCACCAUCUUUGAAAAGCAAGAUUUCAUUGGAGGAUUAAGCUCUUCUGAAAUUCCUCAAUACAGGCUGCCAUACAGUGUGGUCAAUUUUGAGGUGCAGCUCAUGAAAGACCUAGGGGUCAAGGUUGAGCUUGGCAGAGCUCUCCACCCUAAGGACCUCACUCUUUUCUCUCUCAAAGAGAAAGGCUUUAAGGCAGUCUUUCUAGGCAUUGGUCUACCAGAGGCCAAGAGAAUCCCGAUCUUCAAGGACCUGACAGAAGGGCAGGGCUUCUACACAUCAAAGACCUUCCUACCUAAAGUGGCCAGGGCCAGUAAGGCUGGUAUGUGUGCAUGCAAGUCCCAACUACCUCAGCUGAGAGGAAAUGUCAUUGUGCUGGGAGCAGGUGACACAGCCUUUGACUGCGCCACGUCUGCAUUACGAUGCGGCGCGCGGCGGGUAUUCGUUGUGUUUAGGAAGGGAUUCACCAACAUCAGGGCUGUGCCAGAGGAGAUGGACCUUGCCCGUGAGGAGAAGUGUGAGUUUCUGCCGUUCCUGUCUCCACGGCGUGUGAUUGUGAAACAGGGUCACGUGACUGGGAUGGAGUUUGUGAGAACAGAGCAAGACGAGUCAGGAAAAUGGACAGAGGAUGAGGAGCAAAUCGUCAGGCUGAAAGCUGACAACAUCAUAUCAGCCUUUGGAUCUGGACUCCAGGAUGACCAAGUUAAGCAGGCUAUGGAACCCCUGAAGUUUAAUGAGUGGGGGCUGCCACAGGUUGACCCUGAGUCUAUGGAGACAAGUGAGCCAGGUGUUUUCUGCGGAGGGGAUCUGGCAGGUGUGGCUCAGACAACAGUAGAGUCUGUCAACGAUGGCAAACAGGCAUCUUGGUUCAUGCACAAAUAUAUACAGUCCUUGGAUAAUCACAUCAUCUCAGAAACCCCAAGUCUGCCUCGAUUCUUCACAGCCAUAGACAGUGUGGACAUUAGCAUUGAUGUGUGUGGCGUCCAUUUUGAGAACCCAUUUGGCUUAGCAAGUGCCCCACCCACCACCAGCAGCCCAAUGAUACGCCGAGCCUUUGAGUCCGGCUGGGGAUUUGCACUUACCAAAACAUUUGUUCUUGACAAGGACAUCGUGACAAAUGUGUCUCCUCGUAUCGUCAGGGGAACAACCUCAGGUCACACCUUUGGACCAGGUCAAGGGGCGUUUCUCAACAUUGAGCUGAUCAGUGAAAAAACAGCGGCCUACUGGUGUCAAAGUGUUACGGAGUUGAAACGAGACUUCCUGAGAAGGUAUUAAACAAUUUAUAUUCUAAUAGCCAGUGUUAUGUGCUCUUACAGCGAAGAAGAUUGGACUGAAACUGCCAAAAUGGCAAGAGAGUCCGGAGCUGACGCCUUGGAACUAAACCUUUCCUGCCCACACGGCAUGGGGGAGAGGGGUAUGGGUCUGGCCUGCGGACAGGAUGAGACUCUGGUCAGAAACAUCUGCAAAUGGGUGAGGGCUGCAGUGAAGAUCCCAUUCUUUGCCAAACUUACCCCCAAUGUGACCGACAUUACCGUGAUCGCUAAAGCUGCACAGGAAGGCGGUGCUGAUGGUGUUACUGCCACCAACACCGUUUCGGGUUUGAUGGGUCUUCGUCCCAACACCAACCCCUGGCCAGGUGUCGGCAGGCAGCAGAAGACUACAUAUGGAGGUGUGUCUGGAAAUGCCAUCCGACCAAUAGCACUGAGAGCUGUGUCGGCCAUUGCCCGAGCACUUCCAGGGUUUCCUAUUCUGGCUACAGGAGGGAUUGAUUCUGCUGAGGCUGGCCUACAAUUCCUACAUGCUGGGGCUUCUGUUCUACAGGUGUGCAGUGCUGUUCAGAACCAGGAUUUCACUUUGAUUGAUGAUUACACCACUGGUUUGAAGACUCUCCUGUACCUACAGUCUGUGGAAAGGCUGAACACCUGGAUGGGCCAGAGUCCUCCCACACCCAAACACCAGAAGGGUAAACCUGUACCACAACUGUCACAGCUCAUUGGUAAGAGCCUGCCAUCAUUUGGUCCGUAUCAAAAGCAGAAAGAGGACUUGGUUGCCAAGAUGAAAACAGAUGUUGAUCUUCUUGGGAAGGAGUUACUUCCCCCUGCUGAGAGACCUGCUAGCAAACCGUCAAAACCACUGCCUAAAGUCAAGGAAAUGAUUGGUCUGGCCCUGUCCAAAAUUGGAGCCUAUAAUGACCUGGAUAAUGUACAGCAGGUGGUGGCCCUGAUAGAUGAGGACAUGUGCAUUAACUGUGGCAAAUGCUACAUGGCAUGCAAUGAUUCUGGCUACCAGGCUAUCGUGUUUGACCCUGACACCCACCUGCCAAAGGUUAAUGAAGACUGCACAGGUUGCACUCUUUGUCUCUCAGUCUGCCCAAUCAUUGAUUGCAUAACCAUGGUAAGGAGGACAACACCUUACUCACCCAAAAGGGGGAUUCCCCUCAACACAGCUGUCCAAUCAGUGCUUCCAUCACAGUGAGGUUUCACUUGUUCCAAAUAAUAUAUCUACUUGGUGAAGAUUGGUCAGUGUAAAAAUUGUUCUCAUCGUUGUAAUGAUCGGUGCCUUGGGAAUGAAAUCAGUGCAUUUCCUAGUUGUAUCUUUAAUGCCAUAUAAUCUGUAACCUGAAUUUGGUGCAACCGUAAUAAUUUUUUUUGUGUUAUAUUGUCAGUAGACCCUAUUUGUAUUUUAUCAUUAUCAGUACUUGCUUUUUGCAAAUUGUUAAACUGUGCAACACUUUACAACUUCUUUAAACAGUUUAUCUUAAUUGUUCUGUUUUUGCUAGUUUGUCUCGUAGGAUUUAUGGUACAGGAAAUUUGUUUAUAUUGCCUUGGCGUAGUUCGGCAAAUUCUGCUCGGUACAUGCCCAGGCAUUCACUUUCUGAAUUUAGGCGGACCAUAACAUUCUAAACUUAGAACAUAGUAAAAAUUUAUUUUGGCAAACAAGUUACACAUGUGUACAACCUGGUAUACUAAACAAAAAAAC